AGUUUACAGCUCUUGCUUGGCAGUGGCGGUUGUUGUGCGCGCGUCAUAGAAAUUAGUCUUCGACUGACACCAUAUUAUACAUCCCUAUAAAAUGGGCUUCUUAGCUAGAGUCUUGUUUGUGGUUCUAUCACUAGGAACUGCUGUAAUUUAUCAAAAUUACAAAAAUAUCUCAAGACCAAUUCCUCCACCAGCCUUCGAUGUUAACGCAUAUUGGGGACCAGGACCAGCAAGUGCUUACAAGGAAGAUCCAUCCAUCAAGCCAUUCAGCAUCAAAUACACAGAAGCUGCUAAUGAACUCAAACAACAACUAGCUCGUCCCCUCAAGUUGCACGCCCCCCUUGAAGAUGUUAACUUCGAAUAUGGAUUCAAUACUAAAGCUUUGCGAAAUGUCAUCGCAUAUUGGCGAGAUAACUACCUCACAAGAUGGUCGGAACGCGAACAAUUUCUCAACAAGUUUCCACAAUUCACAACACAGAUUCAGGGACUCAAAAUUCACUAUAUCCAUGUGAAACCAUCUAAUCCUGGAAAGAAGAAGGUGGUGCCCCUUCUUUUAAUCCAUGGCUGGCCAGGAUCAGUUCGAGAAUUCUACGAACUUAUUCCCAUGCUUACAACUCCAUCCAAAGAUCAUGAUUAUGUAUUUGAAGUUAUUGCUCCAAGUUUGGUUGGCUAUGGUUGGUCUCAGGGUUCUUCAAAGAAAAACUUUGGUCCUCUGGAAAUGUCAGUCGUUUUCCGUAAUCUUAUGCUUCGCGUGGGCCACAAGAAAUUCCUUAUUCAAGGUGGCGAUUGGGGAAGUGUUAUUGGAAGUAACCUUGCCACGCUCUUCCCUGAGAACAGCAUUGGAUAUCAUUCCAAUUUGUGUUUCACCAACAGUAUAUUGGCAAAUAUAAAGAGUAUUAUGACAAAUAUUUAUCCAUCGUUGUUCUUGGAAAAACAUCAAGAGGAAUUCCAUGUUCCAUCUCUGGAUAAAUUUUACAAUCUUCUUGAAGAAAGUGGCUACUUCCAUAUUCAAGCUACAAAACCAGACACCAUCGGUACCGCGCUUCUUAAUAAUCCUGUUGGUUUAGCUGCCUACAUUCUGGAGAAAUUCUCAACUUGGACCAAUUUACAGUACAGAAAACUUCCCGAUGGCGGUCUUACUAAAAAGUUUUCCAUGGAUGCUCUGUUGGAUAAUGUAAUGAUUUAUUAUUUAUCCGACUCCAUUACAACAUCCCAGAGACUUUAUGCUGAACAAUAUGCCCAAAACCAGAGGGAUAUGCAAAUGGACAGAGUAGCAACAACCACUCCAUAUGGUUGUGCUAGAUUUAGACAUGAUCUUGCACACGCCACUGACUGGCAGCUGAAGGAGAAAUAUGAAAAUUUGGUGCACAGCACCUAUCACAAUGAUGGUGGCCAUUUUAUUGCAUUAGAAUCGCCAAAAGUUUUGUAUGAAGAUUUUGUUGAAUUCGUCAAGAAAGUUGUAACUUAGAUUUUUUUAUUUGGGUUUUGUAAAUAAAUUUUGUAACAAAAACAA